GCUGGAGGAGCAGAGGGAGCGCGGCGGGCCAGUCCGUCAGCUCAGAGGUCAGGCCUCGGGUCGCGGUCCGUGGUCCUCCGUCCUUCGGCGAGCCCUCUUGGCUAAGAGUCCCCGACCUCCCCGCACUGCUUCUGCUUCUCCUUUGAGUAUACCACCAAACCCUCUGGCAGGGUGAUUUUUUUCCUCCUUGCAUUUGCCGGGAAAGAGAUAUAUAUUUAAAGGGUUUCUGUCCUCAUUGCUACCCUUGCCCUCUUAAAAGUUUUCCUUUGGUAGGAAUGCUUGUAUUCCUUCCCUGGACCAUUUGAUGGUUCCCAUCCAGCCGCGGCCUGAUUUAGCAACUGGAAUCACCUUCAGAUCAAGUCUUAAAAAUUCGCACCUACAAAACUACUCUACAGAGUUGUUCCCUCCCGCCCAAGAAGGGCAAAUGGACUUUGGAGUUAAGAUGCAGGGGGGUGAACCAGUGUCAACAAUGAAAGUCUCAGAGAGUGAAGGAAAGCUGGAGGGCCUGGCCACAGCGGUGACCCCAAACAAGAACAGCAGCAACAGCAGCUGUGGGGGUGGAAUCAGCAGCAGCAGCAGCAGCAGUAGUCGCGGUGGCAGUGCAAAAGGCUGGCAGUACAGUGAUCACAUGGAAAAUGUAUAUGGCUACUUAAUGAAGUACACCAACCUUGUCACUGGGUGGCAGUACAGGUUUUUUGUUUUAAACAAUGAAGCUGGGUUAUUGGAGUACUUUGUGAAUGAACAGUCUAGAAAUCAAAAACCCAGAGGUACUUUGCAGCUUGCAGGAGCUGUAAUAUCACCUAGUGAUGAGGACUCUCACACUUUCACUGUAAAUGCUGCCAGCGGGGAACAGUAUAAACUCAGAGCCACAGAUGCUAAAGAGCGACAACAUUGGGUUAGCAGACUUCAGAUAUGUACACAACAUCACACUGAAGCUAUUGGAAAGAAUAAUCCUCCUCUGAAAUCACGGAGCUUCUCACUUGCAUCUAGUGGUAAUUCUCCUAUAUCCCAGAGGAGACCAAGUCAAAAUGCCAUUUCUUUUUUUAAUGUUGGACAUUCCAAACUACAAUCAGUGAACAAAAGAGCUCACUUACCUCCAGACCAUCUUGUGGAAGUCAGAGAAAUGAUGUCUCAUGCUGAAGGACAACAAAGAGACUUAAUUAGGCGAAUUGAAUGCCUUCCUGCUUCUGGCCAUCUUAGUUCCUUGGACCAGGAUCUCUUAAUGCUCAAAGCUACUUCCAUGGCGACUAUGAACUGCUUAAACGAUUGCUUUCAUAUUCUGCAGUUACAGCACGCAUCACAUCAGAAGGGCUCACUGUCUUCAGGAACGACAAUCGAGUGGUUAGAACCAAAGAUACCUUUAUCAAACCACUAUAAAAAUGGAGCUGACCAGCCUUUUGCAACUGAGCAAAGUAAACCAGUGGCAGUCCCAGAAGAACAGUGUGUUGAAGAAUCUGGACCAUUAGCAAGGGAACCUGAAGAAAUAAGUGCAGAUGAUGAGGUAGAGGAUACAUGUGACAACAAGGAGGAUGACCUGGGAGCUGUGGAAGAGCAACGUAGUGUUAUCCUACAUCUGUUGUCACAGCUUAAGCUGGGCAUGGACUUAACAAGAGUGGUGCUUCCUACAUUUAUCCUAGAGAAGCGUUCCUUGCUGGAAAUGUAUGCAGACUUUAUGUCUCAUCCAGACCUAUUCAUAGCCAUUACUAAUGGAGCCACAGCUGAGGAUAGAAUGAUUCGUUUUGUUGAGUACUACCUUACCUCAUUUCAUGAAGGCCGGAAAGGAGCCAUUGCUAAGAAACCGUACAAUCCUAUCAUUGGAGAAACAUUUCACUGUUCCUGGAGGAUGCCAAAAAGCGAGGUUGCAUCCACUGUUAUCAGCAGCUCUUCUACCCAGGCAGUCACAAAUCAUGCUCCUCUAUCAGAGGAGGCUUUGAGCCAGGUGGGACCAGACUGUUAUACAGUCAGAUUUGUUGCUGAGCAGGUUUCCCAUCAUCCUCCAGUCUCAGGAUUUUAUGCAGAAUGUGCAGAGAGGAAGAUGUGUGUAAAUGCACAUGUCUGGACUAAGAGCAAAUUCUUAGGCAUGUCGAUAGGCGUAACAAUGGUUGGAGAAGGUAUUCUCAGUCUAUUGGAGCAUGGAGAAGAGUAUACAUUUUCUCUACCUUGUGCAUAUGCCCGAUCAAUUUUAACUGUUCCUUGGGUAGAACUUGGUGGCAAAGUCAGUGUCAACUGUGCAAAAACUGGGUAUUCAGCCAGCAUCACUUUUCAUACUAAGCCGUUUUAUGGUGGCAAACUGCACCGGGUUACAGGUGAAGUAAAGCACAACAUCACCAAUACUGUGGUAUGCAGAGUGCAAGGCGAAUGGAAUAGUGUUCUUGAGUUCACUUAUAGCAAUGGAGAGACAAAGUAUGUGGAUUUAACGAAGUUGGCAGUAACAAAGAAAAGAGUAAGACCUCUGGAGAAGCAAGAUCCAUUUGAAUCCAGGCGAUUGUGGAAAAAUGUGACAGAUUCUCUGAGGGAAUCUGAAAUCGAGAAAGCCACAGAGCAUAAACGUACCCUGGAAGAACGCCAGAGGACUGAAGAAAGGCAUCGUACUGAAACAGGCACACCCUGGAAAACCAAAUAUUUUAUUAAAGAGGGAGAUGGCUGGGUUUAUCAUAAGCCCCUUUGGAAAACAGUUCCAGCAACACAGCCUGCGGAGUGACACACACUAUCUGAGACUCGACCAAAUGAACUUCUUCUCUGUUUACCCUAAACCCUCCCAGAAUGGAGUCAUUGCACUGAGUAACCUGCUUCCUGAUUGCACAGACUGAAUCUGGCUAAACCCGAAUGUCCCUGUUAGGGCACCACAGAACUGCAGCAAGACCAAAGUGUUGAAGACGCACGACGGGCCUCUCACCAACCUGUUCAUGUGAUACGAGCAAUAUCAUCCGAAAACCUUUCACGUGAAUUGUUAGAUGAUUCAUCUUUUAUCCAGCUCCUGCUCCUAAAGUUAGGUUUAAAUCCCCUAUUUUUGCAUGGGGGCAGCAGAUACACACAAGCGUGAGAACUCAGUGAUUUUGAUUUCUUUAUAGUAAAGAGUGAAGUCUCUUUCAGAGUUUGUGCUUUGCUUUCUGUCAGUAACUGAAGUAUUCACUGCUCUUACAAACAAACCCAAGAGGAGGAGGACGAUGACCCAGAAGUGGAUUCAGCCAUUGUGCCUGAAAUCAGUGUUAAAAAAAUCAGCCAGGUUGUAGUAACAAGGCAUUCUGUUCCUUCAAAGAGACUGUGUGCCUGUGUCUGAGGAACUUAUCCAUUAUCCACCUCUGUUGGAACUCUCUUUUAAAAAGUAUAUUUAUAAAUUGAUUAGAAUUAUAACCAUGGAGAAUUUUUUCUUCUGAGCAUUUUAUUAUACUUGAAAACAACAUUGACUUGAAAAAUUUCAGAACAUUUUUCAAUACCUAGUUUUAUUAAAUGUUACACUUGAGAGACAAUUUUUUAAAUGUGUUCAUGUCAAUAUGAUGAGAUCUUGGCCUUUCUCAAAAACUGAGGCAUUAAAGAACAAAGCAAACAUUUAAAAAAUAAAACUGUUACUUUUUUUUCCUUACCUUUUUUUCACUUGUAGAUUAAUAUCCAGUAUUAUGUGCUAUCCCUCUGAAUAAGUAUGCUUCAUCUUACCUCUGCCCAUUCAAAUUUAAAACAACUAUUCAUAUUUGUCAGUAAUUCAGAAGUUAUAUAUGUGGCUGAGUGCAUGUAUGGUAUGGUUUUCUUUUCUUCUCAAGGAAACUCAAAUGCUGAAGAAAGAAUAUGAAGUGAAAAGAUAUUAGGAAAAAAGAUAUCAGGAAGUUGUAUUCAGGUACAAAUCUCUUUUUUUUUUUAAUAAGUAUUUUAUUGAGGUUGAAGGAUUGCUGGCAACUAAAAGAAUAGUGCUAAUUAUGGCUUUCAUCAUUCAUUCAAGUAUUUAUUGAGUACCUACUUAUGGUGCUCAACACUUGUUACUGCAAGCUACCUUAAUUUUCCAAGAGUGGUGCCUUACUCUGUUUCUUCUGAUGUGGUCUUCCAAUCAGUGUGUGUAACAUAUACCUGUUAGUCAUCAGCCAUUGUAGGUGGCUGUGUCUCUUGCAUCAUCAUAAGAAGUUUAAGCUUUGUGCUCUGAUAAAUUGUGUUUUAUUGAAGGGUUUAAUAGGAUGAAAACAGCAAAACAAUAAUUUUUUCAACAAAUUGUAAAUUAUAAGAGAAUAACUGGUUUAUGUACAACCAUUUUAAUGAUUCCCUUGUUCAUUUUUGCUGUGAAAUGCACUGAAAAAUCUCAAAAUGAGUUAUAGUUCAUGUGUUGGGAAGAUUGAAAAAUAAUAAAACUAGAGAACAAUAA